GUGCGGCGGGGACCGCGACGAGCCCGGGUCGCCGUUGGCAGCACCAGCAGCAGCAGCCCCGGCGGCGGCGGCGCGGACCCCGAGUACCGGGGCACACCCCGGCACCCCGGAGCGCGGCGCGGCGGCGGGACCCGUGCGGCCGGGCGCGCCUUAGGCUCGGCCCCGAGGCUCGGGGACCCCCGACUCUCGGCCCAGCCCGCGAGCCCCAGGCGCCGCCCGAGAGCCCAGGAGGCAGCGGCCGCUGCCGCCGCCGCCGCCGCCCGCGCCGGGCAUCCUCUGGGGCCCCGGAGCGCGGAGGUCGCUGCGCCACCGCGCGGUGCCGGCCCCCCGCCCUCCACCCGGCGGGGCUCCCCGAACCUUCCCCACCUUCUGGGCCCGAGGGACGCGGGCUCCGGCGGGCGAGCAGGGGGGGAGGGAGCCGCCCGCGCCCCCUCCGCUCCCCCCGGCCCCUCCACGCCGGGCCGGGCGGCGCGGCCUGAAGCGCCGGUGAUGGCGAGCCCGCCGAUGAACGGGCGCCCCGGGCCGGCGGGUGGCGACGGCCCCAACCUCAACCUCAACCACAACAACAACAACAACAACAGCGGCGUGCGCAAGUGCGGCUACCUGCGCAAGCAGAAGCACGGCCACAAGCGCUUUUUCGUGCUGCGCGGACCCGGAGCGGGCGGCGACGAGGCGGCGGCGGCGGCGACAGCGGGCGGGGGGCCGGCGCCGCAGCCGCCGCGGCUCGAGUACUACGAGAGCGAGAAGAAGUGGCGGAGCAAAGCGGGCGCCCCGAAGCGGGUCAUCGCGCUCGACUGCUGCCUGAACAUCAACAAGCGCGCCGACGCCAAGCACAAGUACCUGAUCGCCCUCUACACCAAGGACGAGUACUUCGCAGUGGCGGCCGAGAACGAGCAGGAGCAGGAGGGCUGGUACCGCGCGCUCACCGACCUGGUCAGCGAGGGCCGAGCGAUCGCCGGCGACGCGCCCCCCGCCGCCGCCGCCGCCCCCUCCGCGUCCUGCAGCGCCUCCCUGCCCGGCGCCCUGGGCGGCUCGGCCGGCGCCGCCGUCGCCGCCGCGGCCGAUGACAGCUACGGGCUGGUGGCGCCCGCCACGGCCGCCUACCGUGAGGUGUGGCAGGUGAACCUGAAGCCCAAAGGCCUGGGCCAGAGCAAGAACCUGACGGGCGUGUACCGCCUGUGCUUGUCGGCGCGCACCAUCGGCUUCGUGAAGCUCAACUGCGAGCAGCCGUCGGUGACGCUGCAGCUGAUGAACAUCCGCCGCUGCGGCCACUCGGACAGCUUCUUCUUCAUCGAGGUGGGCCGCUCGGCCGUCACGGGCCCCGGUGAGCUGUGGAUGCAGGCAGACGACUCGGUGGUGGCGCAGAACAUCCACGAGACCAUCCUGGAGGCCAUGAAGGCGCUCAAGGAGCUCUUCGAGUUCCGGCCGCGCAGCAAGAGCCAGUCGUCCGGCUCGUCGGCCACGCACCCCAUCAGCGUCCCCGGCGCGCGUCGCCACCACCACCUGGUCAACCUGCCCCCCAGCCAGACGGGCCUGGUGCGCCGCUCGCGCACCGACAGCUUGGCCGCCACACCGCCGGCCGCCAAGUGCAACUCUUGCCGGGUGCGCACGGCCAGCGAGGGCGACGGCGGCGUGGCGGCGGGGGCCGGGGCGGCGGGCGGCAGGCCGGUGUCGGUGGCGGGGAGCCCCCUGAGCCCGGGACCGGUGCGCGCGCCCCUGAGCCGCUCGCACACCCUGAGCGGCGGCUGCGGCGGCCGCGCGAGUAAGGUGACGCUGGCGCCGGCAGGGGGCGCCCUGCAGCACAGCCGCUCCAUGUCCAUGCCCGUGGCGCACUCGCCCCCGGCGGCCGCCACCAGCCCCGGCAGCCUGUCGUCCAGCAGCGGGCACGGCUCGGGCUCCUAUCCGCCGCCCCCGGGCCCGCACCCGCACAUGCAGCACCCCCUGCACCCCCAGCGACCCUCCAGCGGCAGCGCCUCGGCCUCGGGCUCCCCCAGCGACCCUGGCUUCAUGUCCCUGGACGAGUACGGCUCGAGCCCUGGGGACCUGAGAGCCUUCUGCAGUCUCAGGAGCAACACGCCCGAGUCCAUCGCCGAGACGCCCCCGGCCAGGGACGGCAGCGGGGGCGAGCUGUACGGGUACAUGACCAUGGACCGGCCCCUGAGCCACUGCGGCCGACCCUACCGCAGAGUCUCCGGGGACGGGGCCCAGGACUUGGAUAGGGGGCUGAGGAAAAGGACCUACUCCCUGACCACGCCUGCCCGGCAGCGGCCGGUGCCCCAGCCCUCCUCCGCGUCCCUGGAUGAAUACACCCUGAUGCGGGCCACCUUCUCCGGCAGCUCAGGCCGCCUGUGCCCGUCGUGCCCCGCGUCCUCCCCCAAAGUGGCCUACCACCCCUACCCCGAGGACUACGGCGACAUCGAGAUCGGAUCGCACAGGAGCUCCAGCAGUAACCUGGGCACGGACGACGGCUACAUGCCCAUGACCCCCGGCGUGGCCCUCGCGGGCGGCGGCGGGAGCUGCAAGAGCGACGACUACAUGCCCAUGAGCCCCACCAGCGUGUCCGCCCCGAAGCAGAUCCUGCAGCCGCGCGCCGCCGUCGCGGCCUUGCCCCCCACGGGAGCCGCGGGGCCCACGCCCGCGUCUGCCGCCAGCAGGGCCUUCCCGGGGAGCGGGGGCGGCUACAAAACCAACUCCCCGGCCGAGAGCUCCCCGGAGGACAGCGGGUACAUGCGCAUGUGGUGCGGAGGCUCCAAGCUGUCCGUGGAGAGCGCCGCCGACGGCAGGCUGCUUCCAAACGGGGACUACCUCAACAUGUCCCCCGGCGACGCGGGAGCCUCGGGCACCCCGCCCGACUUCUUCUCGGCCGUCCUGCACGCCGGCGGCGGCGGCGGCGGCGGGGAGAUGCUCCGGGGCGUCCCCGGCUACUGCUACAGCUCCCUGCCGCGCUCCUACAAGGCCGCCUACACCUGCAACGGGGACAACGACCAGUACGUGCUCAUGAGCUCCCCCGUAGGGCGCAUUCUGGAGGAGGAGCGGCUGGAGUCGACGGCCAGCCCGGGGUCCACGCAGCCAGCCGGCGCCUUCGCGGCCGGGGCAGGGGGCGGCGGCGGCCACCCGCAGCCACCCCACCCGGCGGUACCUUCGCCCGGGAGGCCCGGUGGCAGCGGCAGCGGCCGCCUGGAGGGCUUCCUGGGCCAGCGCUGUCGGGCCACGCGGCCCACGCGCCUGUCUCUGGAGGGGCUGCAGACCCUGACCCGCAUGCACGAGUACCCCCUGCCGCCCGAGCCCAAGAGCCCGGGCGAGUACAUCAACAUUGACUUCGGCGAGGCGGGCGCGCGCCUGUCGCCGCCCGCGCCCCCGCUGCUGGCCUCGGCCGCCUCGUCGUCGUCGCUGCUGUCCGCCGGCAGCCCGGCCUCGUCGCUGGGCUCGGGCACCCCGGGCACGAGCGGCGACAGCCGGCAGCGCUCCCCGCUCUCCGACUACAUGAACCUCGACUUCAGCUCGCCCAAGUCACCCCAGCCGGGCGGCCAGGCCGGGGACCCUGUGGGCUCCCUGGACGCCCUCCUGUCCCCCGAGGCCUCCGCGUACCCGCCGCUGCCCCCGCGCCCCGCCGCCCCCUCCUCGGCCCUGCAGCCGGCGCCCCCGCCGCCCCCGCCCGGAGAGCUGUACCGCCUGCCUCCGGCACCUGCCUCCCAGGGCCCUGGCGCGGCCUCCUCUCCAUCCUCGGGGGCGGGCGACAGCGGCGACUACACCGAGAUGGCCUUCGGCGUGGCUGCCACGCCGCCGCAACCGAUCGCCGCGCCCCCGAAGCCCGACGGGGCCCGCGUGAGCAGCCCCGUGUCCGGCCUGAAGAGGCUAAGCCUCAUGGACCAGGUGUCGGGGGUCGAGGCCUUCCUGCAAGCCAGCCAGCCCCCAGACCCGCACCGCGGGGCCAAGGUCAUCCGCGCGGACCCGCAAGGGGGCCGCCGCCGCCACAGCUCGGAGACCUUCUCCUCGACCACCACUGUGACCCCCGUGUCCCCGUCUUUCGCCCACAACCCCAAGCGCCACAACUCGGCCUCGGUGGAGAACGUGUCUCUCAGGAAAAGUGGCGAAGGGGGCGGCGGCAGCGUCCUGGGUGGCGGUGACGAGCCCCCCACGUCCCCCCGCCAAUUGCCGCCGCCGCUCCACCCGCAGGCGCGGCCCUGGACGCCGAGCCAGCCCGGGGGCUUGGUCGGCUGCCCCGGGGGCAGUGGCUCGCCGAUGCGCCGGGAGACUUCUGCUGGCUUCCAGAACGGCCUCAACUACAUCGCCAUCGACGUGAGGGACGAGCCCGGGCUGUCGCCGUCCCCUCAGCAGCAUCCUCAGACGGGAGACAAGAGCGCCUGGGGCCGGACCCGGAGCCUCGGGGGUCUCAUCGGCGCGGUAGGGGCCGGCAGCACCGGCGGGGUGUGUGUAGGGCCCGGCCCUGGCGCCCUGCCCUCCGCCAGCACCUACGCCAGCCUCGACUUCUUGACGCAUCACCUGAAAGAGGCCACGGUCGUGAAAGAGUGAAGAUCUGCCUGGCUUUAUCCCCGUGACGACACACAUCAGAGAAAAACAUGAACAGAAGAUGCUCAGCAUUUUUUUAAAAUCUGAAGCUGCUCAGUUUCCUUUUGAAUCUGAGCGAUUACCACGUGUGGACGCCUCUGGAUUAGACGUGGAACCGUCUCUAUCCCUCGUUCCCACAGGGGGCAUUCAUCCUUGUGCUGGUCGUGUUGUGUUUUGUUUUUCGACAAAAUUAGCGGAAGGAGUGAUUCACGAGAAAAUUGGACGUUUUCAUCGGCCUUUUCCGUUGUGGCCAGUGUCUUAAUUUCUCCUUAAUUUUCAUUUUGGCAAAGCAGAUAUAUCCCUCAGCAUGCUAGGAGAUUCUACCAAUUCGCAUUAAAGUGGUAAAAUCUGGUAUUUACUGGCAUCCUCUCAAAACUACCACCGUCCUACCUCAGUUCCAGGUGAAGCCAGAUCGGUGUGGUCAGGGGCCGGCAGGACGUCUGGGUACCUAGAGUCCCAGCGCGGUCAUCUGCCUCAUCGAACAGGCCCGGUACACAGCUGCUUGUCAGACUCCAACCCAGGUACCUGCGUGUUUACUCACAGACAGAGCCCAGCGUGGGACUGACGUUUCCCAACGGAGAUGAAAUUUGAGAUUGGACUUUGAAGAUGGAUGGAUAAAUAAUAAUUAUUAUAUGUAACUGAAGCAACCUACUUUGGAAAACCAUCAGCUGUACUGGGGG